CAAAAAUACUAGUUGGUCCAAGGGGCUAAAAAAAAUGCAGAAAUUAGUUCCAUAGGAGGAGGAGGUGCAAAGACUUUGCAGUGGUAGUUUUAUUUCUUCGUCAAUGAAAUAAAUAAUGUCCAGUCCAACCGCGUUUUAACUUUAUUCCUUCCCUUGUUAAAUAAUUCGACAUCAUUGCUUUUGCACGAUGCUGCGGUAGUCACUCCUUUUAUCUUUAUCCGACCAAAGGACCCACAGUUGAAAGAAGGUCCUGAAGGCUGAUCACCCCACCAUUUGCACAGUCUUCUUAAUAGCUUCCAUGAUUUUGUAUAGUAAGCAGGUAAGAGGCAGCUUCGUCUUUCAAACUAACGUUGCUGCCUAUCUUCUUGUCUUCAAUUUCCAUCAUGUUUCUUGCUUUAGUUUCUUCUAAUUUGUUAAUUCUUUCUUUUUCUUUUUGACGCGGUUUUUCUUUUUGAUAUAUACUGCAUCAUAUAGUUUCAAAGUUCAUCAGCUUAUGAAUCUAUAGCCUACCCUUCUUUCUUCCUUUCAAGACACUGCAAGUGGACUGUCCUAUAAACCAGAAGCCGCCUUCCCCAACAUUCUUAAGUUAGAAAGAAACACUGAAAAUGGCAGAAACAGUUCUCUCUUUUGUGCUGCGACAACUCUCAACUUUUCUGCGCGAGGAGGGACGACUAUUGGGGGGGCUUCAGCAAGAGGUUCAAUUCAUCAUGGAUGAGUUGGAGCAAAUGAGAGCUUUCCUGCGAGAGGCAGAAGCAAAAGAAGAAGAUGCUCAACCCACUCUCCAACAAUGGAUCAAGCAAGUGCGAGAUGCUGCUUAUGACACUGAAGACAUUCUUGAUGAAUUUGUAGCUCGCUUUGCUCGGCAUCCCGCAACAGGAUUCUACGGCUCUGUUCGGAGAAUUUUCAGCUCCAUCAAGAAUUUGAGAGCUCGUCAUCGAGUUGCUAGCGAAAUACAAGGCAUCAAGUCCAGAAUAAAAAGUAUUUCCGAAGCUCAUCAAAGAUACCAAUCUGAAUAUGGUAUCUCUGCCCAAGCGUCCAACUCACUUUCUGCUGUGAACAACACAACAUGGCGCUAUAGCAGAGAUGAUGCGCUGCUUGUGGAAGAAGCUAAAUUAGUUGGCAUUGACCAGCCCAAGAAACAUCUAAUUUCUCAGCUCCUCCAAGGGGAUGAUUACCAACUAAAAGUUGUUUCAGUGGUUGGUAUGGGAGGACUUGGCAAAACUACCCUAGUGAAAAAAGUCCAUGAGGAUCCUGAAGUCAGAAGGCAUUUCCCAGUCCGUGCUUGGGUAACUGUCUCUCAAACAUGUGACUUUCAGUACCUCCUGAAAGACUUGAUUCUGCAGUUACACAAGGACGGGAAGAAACCAGUCCCACAAUUGAUCGACUCCAUGACUACCACCGAGCUGAAAGAAAUUAUCAAAUAUUUUCUUCAACAAGCUGAAAGGUAUGCGAUUGUUUUUGAUGAUGUAUGGGACGUGGAAUUUUGGAAUACCAUCAAGUUUGCGCUGCCCGAGAGUAGCCACGGCAACCGUGUCAUGCUAACAACUCGGAAAGCUGAUGUAGCCUCUGCCUCUUGUACAGAAUCUCUAGGUUAUAUCUACAGAAUGGAGCCACUGUCCUUUGAAGAUUCGUGGAUCCUGUUUUGUAACAAGAUCUUUAAGGGAAAUAGUUGCCCUGGCCAUUUGAUGGAUGUUGCCAAAGUUAUACUGGGUAAAUGUGAGGGCUUGCCCCUUGCGAUUCUUGCAAUCAGUGGGCUUUUGGCUUUGAAAGAUGUAAACAGAACAGAGGAAUGGGAGAUGGUUCGACGCAGUCUUGGGGGUGAAUUAGAAGGCACUGGUAAGUUAGACAGAGUUAAAAGGAUACUUUUUCUUAGUUAUAAUGAUUUGCCUUGGCAUCUAAAGGCAUGUCUGUUGUACACAAGCAUCUACCCAGAGGAUCACAAAAUAGACUGCUAUAGACUAGUUAAUUUGUGGAUUGCUGAAAGGUUUGUAGAAGGGAGAGAAGGAAUGAGUAUUGAAGAUGUAGCCUGGAAUUAUCUCAGUGAACUCGUCAAUAGAAGUCUAAUUCAAGUGUCUAAGGUGUUUUAUGAAGGAAUACCCCAAAGAUGUCGAAUCCAUGACCUAUUGAGAGAAGUUAUUCUUCUCAAGUCAAGGGAACAAAACAUGGUCACAGCCACUACUGGACAACCAAUGACGUGGCCGUCCGAGAAGGUACGCCGUCUAGCAGUCCAUAGUAGUAGUAGCAGUAACAACACCCAGCACCACCACCAAAGACGAAUUUAUUGCUUUGACCACCUUCGGUCGUUCGUUACAGUUGGAUCCACCGACCCGCUACUAUCCAAAACGUUGUUAUCUGAAAUUUCAAGGAGUAGUAAGCUGUUAAAGGUUUUGGAUUUGGAUGGUCAAGAGACACAAGAGGAAAUACCAAAUGAGAUUUUCAAGAUGUUUCAUCUCAAGCAUCUGGACCUAUGCGAUACAAGAGUGGAGAGAGUCCCGAAAGCCAUUGGAAAGCUUCAACAUUUGGAGUUUCUGGAUUUGGGUAACACCAGAGUUAGGGAACUACCUGUGGAAAUCCUGAAGCUGCAAAAACUUCGGGUUCUCAGAGUAUAUCAACAAGUUGAUUCUUCCGAUGAUGAUUAUGGAUAUCAUGGAUUUAAAGCUCCCUCAAAUAUGGGAGGGCUUCUUGCCUUAGAAGUAUUAGACAGCAUAGAUGCAAGUAGUGGAUCCACAAUAAUCAAGGAGAUAGGAAAGUUGACCCAAUUAAGAGAAUUAGGUAUUACAAAGUUAAGAAGAGAAGAUGGAAAAGAGCUCUGCUCCUCCCUUGCCAAUCUCACCAGUCUUCGGGAAUUAAGCGUUGAUUCAAUUGGUAAAGAUGAUGAUCAUGAGAUAAUCGAUCUAAAUCACCCUUCUCUUUCUUCUUCUUCUUCGUUUCUUCAAUCUCUUCGUCUGCUGAUUAUGUACGGCCCCUUAGAAAAGAUGCCACAAUGGGUAGCUCAUCUUCACGGCUUGGUAAGAAUAGAUAUGAAUUGGAGUAGGUUAAGGGUCGAGGAGGAUCCGCUUGAAUCCCUCCAACAUUUGCCCAAUUUGGGUAGAAUUAAUUUCUGCGGAUCUUACCAGGGAGAAGGGUUGUGUUUCAAGGCUGGAGGGUUCCUAAAUCUGAAGUGGAUGCACUUAAAGAGAAUGGAAGGGUUGAGAUGGAUGAGAGUGGAGGAGGGUGCAUUACCACGUCUCCAUGAACUCAUUCUGGAACAACUUCCAUUACUAGAUGAGUUACCUUUGGGUAUUCAGCACUUGAGCCAUCUUCAAGAGCUGUCUUUGUAUGAGAUGAGUUCUGAAAUGAUAGAAAAGGUAGAGAAUCAGAAGGAAGAAAGUGAAGAUUACACAAGAAUUGCACGCAUUCCUGAAAUUGUCAUUGGUUGCUAUACAGAUGAUGGAGAAUGGACAGUGCGCCAGCUAUGGGAGAAGAAGAAAACAUAAUCAUUCCUAGCAGCAGCAGCAGCCGCCGUGGCUCCCCUUUCUCUGGUUUGCACCCUCCUUGUUGUGGACAACACUGCUUUUGUUUUUUAUUUUUUAUUAGUAAAUUUUUUCCCCUUCGACCGUAAGAGAGGUUCAUCAUCUUCUGUGUCCUACCUUCUUAUUUAUUGUAUGUAUUGUGUAUAAUGCUUGAUGUAUAGUAUAACUCUCUAUCUUUUUGUGUCUUAAUCUUUAUUCAGCAAACGAUCAAUUUUAAAAUUUUGGUCAGAGAUAAUAUGUAAACCCAAUUUAUCCUGA